GUGGAACUAACAGGCAGCAGCGUCUUCGACUACAUCCACCCUGGGGACCAUGUUGAGGUGGCGGAACAGCUGGGGCUGAAGUUGGCUAGUAGCCGCGGGCAAAGCACGCAAGCCCCCACCGAAGAUGGGGCCAGCUCCACCUCUUCCUCCUCGCUGGCCGAGACCCCCGAGCCAGACUCUGCCAGCCCCAGUCUCCUGCCCGAAGAGAUAACGAUGGAACGAACGUUCUUUGUCCGCAUGAAGUCUACACUCACCAAGCGAGGCGUGCACAUCAAGUCUUCAGGAUACAAGGUAAUCCACGUGACGGGUCGCUUGAGGCCGCGGUUAUCGCUGCCCCACACGCGGGCCGUUCCCACCAGGUUUAUGGGGAUGGUGGCCCUGGCACACACCCUCCCUCCCUCCACCAUCAACGAGGUCCGCAUCGAGUGCCACAUGUUCGUGUCCAGGGUCAGCCUCGACCUGCAGAUCAUCUACUGUGAGAACAGGAUCUCGGAUUACAUGGACCUGUGUACGGCGGACGUGGUGGGGAAGAACUGCUACCACUUCAUCCACGCUGAGGACGUGGAAGGGAUCAGGCACAGCCACCUGGACUUGUUAAACAAGGGUCAGGUGGUCACUAAGUACUACCGCUGGAUGCAGAAGAAUGGAGGUUACAUGUGGGUCCAAUCCAGUGCCACUAUCUCCAUCAACGUCAAGAAUGGCAAUGAGAAGAACAUCAUCUGGGUCAACCAUGUGCUGAGCAAACAAGAGCUUCGAGACACACCGAUGGACAUCUCGCAACUUCCACUCUUGUCCAUCAAACCUUCUAAACAGCUGGAAUUAUCGGAUUCAGAGUCUGACUCCCGGGAACACAUAGGAGGCUGCAUGCCGAAGGCCCUGGGGAAGGCCGCAGGCCUGGGGGCGGCUGGUGAGGCCCGGUUGGAGGGCUGGAAGCGAUCGGGGAACCAGUCUGAGGAGGAGAUGACGUCAGCCAAGGACGACAGUGACUCGAGCCUGUCGGAUAGCGAUGGGCCAAGCGGUGUAGGAAGACGGAGCUUUGUCCUGUCACGGGUCAAGCGGCUGAAGGUGGAGGCCCAGGCCCUGGGCGAAGGCCGUGAGCAGCGAGGCUCCGGGCCUAGCGAGGAUGGCACUGGCAGCUCGGAGGAGGAGGCUGCAAAGCACCAGUACCCCAAGAGGAGGAAGAGGCCGAGAGACGGCUCGGGCCCCAGGAGGAAGACCCCCAGCCCAGGCCUGGGGCCGCACGACUUCGGAGGGCCCCGGACCUCGUCCGAGCGAGUCCCCACCCCCAAGGUCAAGACUGAGGCCAUUCAGCCCGUGGGCUUCGACGGCCACGGUGCCGUCUGGAACUACCCAAGGGGGGACAUGGCCUACCGGCAGGCCAAAGCCUCGGCCUCCGAGCACUUUCACCCCGACCCUGCCCACACCCCGCCCGCAGCUGCCGACGCUCAGAAGACUCCCUUCGGCCAGUCGCCUCGCGGGGCACCGGGCGCUUCGUCUUCCGACGCGGUCUCUCCUCCCCCUCCUCCGGCCGUUGUUGCCGCCGACGACAAGGCCGAGAUCCAGGCCCAAGUGUCCGCCCUGCCCUCCAGCCUGUACGCGGCCAGCACCAUCCGCUACGCCCCGGCAGACGUGGCCUUGUCCGUGCCCGGGAACCUGCUGCCCGCCGCGCACGCCCUCAACUUCGUCGACCUCAACGGCCCGGCCUUUGCCGCUGAGCAGAAGGCCCAAGUUGAGAUGAUUUACCACCACGUCCAACGCCUCAACAUGGCGGCCAACCCCUUCGCCGCGGCUGGCCUGCCCCAGGCCUUCACCACGGCCGAGGCCCUCUUCUCCACCCUGCCCUUCCCCAUCCACGCCCCCCAGACACUCGACCGCAAGGAAGACUGAAGCCGUGUCCCUGUGAGGGAAGGAUCACUCCAUCAAACCCCCCAGCCUCCACGUUGAGACUAUGGACCUCCUCCUUUGUUUUAUCUCCUUAAAAACAAUUUUUUUUAAACUUUAACCAUACUCCCACCACCUCCUUCUCCUCCAGUCCCAGAGACUAGCACUUAUUUUCCUUUCUCUCGGUCCCAGUCCACGUCGGAAGUGGAAGGGCUCGGGGAGGGGGUGGUGGAAGGAAGAUUGACCGUGGGGGAGAGCCACGCUGGGGUGGCCCAAGAGGAGACGACCCAGCUGGCAGUCCGUGGAAGGGCGGGCCGACUGUUGGCACGGGAUGGUGUCGGUGAGGGUGGCAGGAAGGGGGCGGGGCGGGUACGUCCACCAUUUGGGCCCCCAUCCCCGCCUCCGUUGUGCAGUCAACUGAGCAGAAACUGAACCUCUGCUCAGUCAACCUCCACCUUGACCUUAAACCUCUCGCGCUUGACCUACUUGGGCCUUCAGCCACCUCAUAGUCCGCCCAAGGCCUCACCCAGCCAGUGUCCACUUUGAUGUCUUGUCUGAGCCUUUGUCAGUCGUUGUCCAGUUAGGCUCUAAGGCCUGCUUCUCCACCUUGACCAUUCAUUCGCACCUGAGCCUCACAGGCCUACAUGUCCCCAUGGGCCUGCUCUGUGUAUAAUGUACAGCCAGUCGGUAACAUUUGUAAAACAAAUAGGCAAACA